AUGUCUCAAUUCCAGGGUUUUAAGGUACAAGUGGAAUUGAAGGAUGGGAAAGUUAUCACAGGGACCAUUUCCAAAUGCAACUCUAAAUCGUUGACACUGCAGGAUGUUGCGUUCUCGGACGGGGGCAUUUCGCAGCUAUUCAAGGUCAAGGCAUCACGAUUACGGGACCUCAAGGUCACUGGGGCGCCCAAGGGUGGCAAGAAGUGGCUUGCCAACAACGCGGCGAACGGCAGCCCAUCCAAUGGGGCCCAGAGCGGCGGGAACGGCGGGACGCAAAGCCCGGGCAGCGGCGAAGAGGCGGCUGCGGACGGGCGGAGCAGCAGCAGCAGCCAUGGGCAACACAGUGGGAAGGACGCGACAUGGGAGCACGACGACGACCUGGAGCGCCUGAAGAACGAAGACUUCGACUUCCAGAGCAACCUGCGGAUGUUCAACAAGCAGGACGUGUUCGCCAAGCUGAAGCAGCAGGACACGGUGAACCCGUCCGAGCGGCUCGUGUCGCACAACAAGCUACGCAAGGAGAAGAUCCACUUUGAAAACGACGAGAUGGUGAUUCCCAACGCCAAGGACGACGACUGGGACGAGCCGGGUAGCGGCUCGGCGGGCUCGGAGAAGCAGAAGGCGGCGGCCGCCCCGGCGGAGUACCUGCCGAUCACAAAAUCGAUCAACAUCACACACCUGCUCCAGCAGAGCAGCAAAGACGCGCCGUCGGAGGACGAGGUGCUUGUAAAACUACAGAACGUGCUGUCGCCGCCGUCGCGCUCGCAGUCGCUCAGCAAGAUGCCGGGCUUCCGCACGCUGAAAACAGACAUCGCCGUGCCGCUCGCCACGCCCGUGCAGCUGCUCGAGAUGGAACGGCUUGCGGAGGACGCGUUUCUCUUCCCGCCUGCGCUCGCGCUCGAGCACAGCGCCGUGCACCUCGCGCGCUUCAUGCGCCAGAAGCUCGGCGGCGCGGCCCGCCUGCACACAGCGAACAACAACGCGCAGCCGCUCGUGGUUCUGCUCGCCAGCGAAAACCGCUGUGGCGCGCGCGCGCUGGCCACCGGCCGCUGCCUCGCCCAGAACAGCCACGUGCGCGUGCUCGCCGUGCUCGCCGCAGACCCGCACGCCCCCGGCGCCGACGCCUCCUUCCGCACCCAGCUGGACAUGUUCUCGCGCUGCGGCGGCCGCGUCGUCGACUCCGUCGUGGCCCUCUCCGCAGCCCUAGAAGGCCUCAACUCCCCCCCAGAGCUGAUUGUCGACGCCCUCCAGGGCUUCGACUGCAGCCUGGCCGACCUCGUCGACGACGCCCCCGGCGCAGGCGCCGCCCGCCUCCGCACCCUCAUCGCCUGGGCCAACGCCCAGAACUGCCCCGUGUGGUCGCUGGACAUCCCCAGCGGCAUUGACGCCGGCUCCGGCGCCCACACCUUCGAGCCCUGCGUGCGUCCCGACGCCGUCGUGUGCUCCUCCUGGCCGCUCGUCUCACUGGCCCUGCUGGACUGUCCGGAGUUGUACCUCUGCGACUCCGCAAUCCCGCACCAGUGCUACGCCAUGCGUUCCUCCCUCCGCAAGUUCGCAGCCGUCCGCGACGUCUUCGUCACAGAAGGUGUCGUCCAGCUGACCCGCUGA